AUUACUUCUUAUUAUUUUUUCUUAAACUACUUAUAUAAUGAAAGAAAUUAAUUCGACCGUUGCCACUACCAAUGUUUUUACAUCUAAAAAAUAUACACCUCAACAAAAUAACAAAAAAAAGAUUGAUAGAUGUUGUACACCAGAAGAAGAGAAAGAUGAGCCUAUUUUUAAUAUUGUCUACAGUGCACCAACUGAUAUUAUCACACCUCCUCCUUCUCCAAAAUCUUCUCCUAAACUUCCUCUAGCUUCACAAUCUUUUGAAGCUAAUGAUCGUAUCUUAACUGUUAAACGUCAUGGCCAAAUUAAACUCCUAAUGGCUGAAUAUGCCGCACUCAAAAAGGAAGGCCUUCUCUUUACUGAUCAUACUUAUAAUCUUAUUUUUGAAACCUACGCUAGUCUUCGCCGUGAUGGUACUCCUUUAACCCCAAUGUUAAAAAUUUAUGAUGAAAUGCUCCGCUCUAGAAUUCAACCUAGCAGCUCUACCUAUACAAUCCUUAUUCGUACUUUAUGUAAACGUGAUGUUGAAGUACAAAAAGUAAUUGCCAUGCUGAAACGUCAAGCUGCUCGUUCAUCUGGUAUAAAUACGAAUACAAACAAUAUGGCUGAACUUGAAGCUGAACAAAACAUUGAGAAGGCUCUGAUGAUUUUUAACAUUGCUGUAUCUGAAAAUUUGGUGCAAUUUUUUGAUGCUGAGCUUUAUAAUCAGAUUUUACGAGUCCUAUCACAUUAUGGUAACACAGAACAGUCAUUACAUAUAUACCGUCAAUUAGAACAACAUUCAACACCUACUUCCGCUACUUUUGCCGCUCUUAUCAAUUUAUUUGGUCGUGUUGGUGAUUUACCUUCUGCUUUAACUUACUUUAAUAAAUAUUUAAAGAUUAAGGAUACAGUUGGUCGUCAUGAUGCUUCUUAUAUAUAUAACGCCUUAGUUGAUGCUCAUUUGAAGUGUCACCAACUUGAAGGUGCUCUCAAGGUCAUUCAAGAUGAUAUGGUAUCUGCAAAUAUCAAAAUUUCUACUAUCCCCUAUAAUUCUGUAAUCCGUUACUAUUGUCUCAAAAAUCAACUGGAUGAGGCCAAGAAGCUGAUCGAGUCUAUGAAACAAUCGUCUCCUCAACCGGAUGCCAGUAGCUAUGGUCCUAUCCUAUCUACUUAUUGUCAAUUAGACCUAUUUAAAGAAGCCACAGAAAUGUAUAAUGCACUCAUUCAAACUGAUAUCUCCAAAUCUUAUGGUAACUUGGCUAACUAUGUCUUAUUGUGUCUCAAGGACCCUACUCAUAAUAGUAAAAUCUUUGAUGUUAUCCAAGAUAUGAAGGAUGCUAAUCUUGAACUAGAUGCAAAUCUUGCUGAACGUAUCAUUAAGCAUUUUGUAAAUCGUGGCGAAGUCUCUCAAGCUAUUUCCAGUUUAAAUAGCAUUCUUAAUUGUAUGAAGCCCCGUACACUUGCUAAGGGACUACAGCAAAUCAAAAAUGCUGCUACUCAGAUUGCUAUUGCUGCAAAAGGGCAUAUGGAUCAAACCCUUGAGGUGGCUCGUCUGAUGAACCCGCAUGGCUUAUCAAUUGCUCUAUCUAAAUUAUUAAUCGAGGAAUAUGAAUUUGAAUCUGAUCAUACAAGUCUUGUUCAAUCUGAUUAUUCUAUCUUGUUUGAUGCUUCCCUGAUGAUUGCCAAUGAUCAUAGCAAUUUAUCUUCUCCAGACAUGUUGGUCUUUUGCUUAUAUGAUGAGAUGAUUGCCAGGGGAUUUAAAGUCUCUCAUGUUCUUAAAGCUCGUGUUGCUUCGUAUUUAGUACAAAAUAACAAGAGGGCUGCUAAAAAAUGGAAUGCUCUUUUCAACAAGGUAGAACAAACUCAUGUUGUCAGUGAAUCUGAAGAAGCCUCUAAUGCUGUCAUGAAAGCCGUCGUUCAUGGUGACCUUGAUAAAGCUCUUGAAAUUUUACAAACACGUAUCGUAGAACCUAAACUCAUACCUACUGUUGAGCCUCUUCGUGAUGCAAUUGCCUUUGUUGGUAAGCAGGGACACCUUGAUGCAGCUGUUACUAUGUACCGUCUUGUUGUUCAAUGCUUCAAGAAAUCAGAGCUUGAAGCUGCUCGUGUUGAACGUGCAAUUUAUCUUAUGACUAAUAGUAUCCUUAUUGGUUACGCUCAACAAGGUGAUAUGAUCCAGGCUAAAAAAUAUUAUGAACAGAUCAAGCUAAUGGGCCGAUACCCUGAUGGUAAUGGUUAUGCUAGUCUCCUUUUGGGGUCUGCUAAAUGCGCUACAGAUGAAGCUACAGAUGCACUUAUCAUUUAUGAGGAGGCUAAACGUCGUGACGUUAAACCUACUACUUUCUUUUAUAAUGUUGUUAUCUCCAAGCUGGCUAAGGCUCGUAAAUUGGAUGCUGCUCUUAAGCUAUUUGAAGAAAUGCAAGCAUUUAAAAUCGUUCCCAAUUCAAUCACAUAUGGUGCUAUUAUCUCUGCCUGUGUUAGAGCUGGCUCUGAACUUUUAGCUUGCCGUUUAUUUAAUGAAAUGUUAAGUUCUCCUACUUUUCAACCUCGAGUUGGGCCUUUCAACAAUAUGAUUCAAUUUUAUGUUCGUCAACAGCCUAAUCGUAAACGUGCCUUAAAAUAUUUUACAGAGAUGCGUCGCCUUCAUAUCAAGCCUUCAGCUCAUACUUACAAGUUAUUAAUGGAAGCUUAUGCUUUGAUUACUCCUUAUGAUAUGGUAAUGGCCCAUCGUCUUUUGAAUGAUAUGGAAAGUUUUGAUUAUAUCCGUCCACAAGCUACUCAUUAUGCAACUCUCAUUCAUGCCUAUGGCUUACAACAUGAUGUUAAUAGUGCUCAAAAAAUUUUUGAAGAAAUGGAAGCUACUAAAGAUGAAGUUGUUUAUCAAGCUAUGCUCGAUGCCCUUGUUAGCAACAAUCAGUUAGAAUGUGCUGAACAACUCUAUAAACAAAUGCAAGCUAGUAUCCAGAAGAGCUCAUCGCCCUAUAUCGAAAACGUCUUUAUUCGUGGAUAUGGACAAAGAGGCUUGUUGCAUAAGGCUAGGGCUUUAUUUGAUGCUAUGAGUGACGAUAAGAUGAAUGAUGAAACAACUGUCAUUCGUGAACCAAGUACUUACGAAGUCAUGGUUCGUGCCUAUGUUGAUAACAAUAUGAUCACAGAAGCCAAGCAAAUUUUUGAACAAAUGAUACAACGUGAAUUUCCUGAAAAAGUAACAGCCUCAGUGGGUGAAUUAAUUACUACUAAUUAAAACAUACCAAUUCAUAUGAACAAGAAAAACUUGUAUUGUAAAUAUUUUUAUUAUAAUAAAAUUGUACAUAAUUUACUAUAUUAAAAAAAAAGAGACUUGUUUUUUUUUAAAAAAAAAAAAAAAAAAAAAAUGAUGAGGAUUUU